AUGAAGAGUUCACUGACUAUUGAUGAUGCUACUACUCGGUCGACUGUUGCCCAUUUGGAUCAUUUGUUGGCUGAGUUUAAAAAGGAUAUUAUUGAGAGUCAAAAACAAAACUAUGGAGACCUUUUAAAAUCAGUGGAUGAGUGUAAAAAUAAACUGACUAACUACAACGAGAUUCUAGGUAGGCAGGAUGAACUCAUUAAAAAGCAAAAUGAAAUUAUCCAGCAACUACAAAAAGAAAACGAGCUUUUGAAAAAUAAAUUUGCAGAGCUUGAUGCUCGUGUCGAGGACCAGGAACAAUAUUCAAGGCGUAACACUAUUGAAGUUUUCGGCAUUCUGGAGUCUCAGGGGGAAAAUGCGGAGAAUUUGGUUUUGGAUGUUUGUAAGGAGCUGGGAGUCAAAAUCACUGCAGAAGCAAUCAGUGUUGCGCAUCGCUUGAAAAAAUUUGGCAACCAGAGGUCGGCGGGCAUUAUCGUGAAGUUUGUACGAAGGAAGGAUGCAGACGAACUUCUUAGAAGGCGCAAGGAAAAGCGUAAUCUGACGGCACAAGAUGUGGGGUUUCCUGGCGAUAAGAGUCCCAUCUUCAUAUACCAAUCACUGGCACCAGGUAGGCAUAGAUUGUUCACAGCAGCGAGAAGAAUCAGAGCACAGGAGAAUCUUCGAUAUGUGUGGAUUGAUCGGUCGGGAGUAAUUAAAAUGAGAGCAACCGAAAACAGUAGAGUGAUCUCCAUAAGAACGCAACAAGAUUUGACUGCAUUUGUGUCUGAUUUACAAAACAAACAAGAUAUUAAGAAGGUCAAUUGA